AUAAGAUGGCGGCGGGCGCCGCUGCCCUCAACUGGAGGCGGGUGUCUUCCUUCACGGGGCCGGUGCCUCGAUCCCGGCACGGACAUCGCGCCGUGGCGAUCCGCGAGUUGGUCAUCAUCUUCGGGGGCGGCAACGAGGGCAUCGCCGAUGAGCUGCAUGUGUACAACACCGCUACAAAUCAAUGGUUUCUUCCGGCUGUUAGAGGAGAUAUACCACCAGGCUGUGCAGCCCAUGGAUUUGUCUGUGAUGGUACCAGAAUACUGGUAUUUGGAGGAAUGGUUGAAUAUGGAAGAUAUAGUAAUGACUUAUAUGAACUACAGGCAAGUCGAUGGCUGUGGAAAAAAAUGAAACCUCAGCACACGUCGGCAGGCUUGCCGCCUUGCCCUCGCCUUGGCCACAGCUUUUCUCUGUAUGGUAACAAGUGCUAUUUAUUUGGCGGAUUGGCGAAUGAGAGUGAAGACUCAAACAAUAACAUUCCUAGGUAUUUAAAUGAUUUCUAUGAACUGGAGCUGCAGCAUGGUUCCGGAGUCAUGGGCUGGAGCAUUCCAGUGACCAAAGGUGUUCUGCCUUCACCCCGAGAAUCUCACACAGCCAUUAUAUACUGUAGAAAAGACUCGGGAAACCCAAAGAUGUUUCUUUUUGGAGGGAUGUCUGGCUGUCGGCUUAACGACCUUUGGGAGCUUGACAUAGAAACAAUGACUUGGUCGAAACCAGAAACUAAAGGGACACUGCCACUUCCCCGUAGUCUCCAUACCGCCAGUGUAAUAGGAAACAAAAUGUACAUUUUUGGUGGAUGGGUCCCACAGAGUACAGAUGAUAACCCGUCUUCUCAAGAUGGAGAAUGGAAAUGUACUGGGUCAUUUUCUUACCUAAAUUUAGAUACUGCAGAAUGGAUCAGUCUGAUCUCCGAUUGCCAAGAAGACAAAAAUAACUUGUUGCCAGGCCCAAGAGCUGGCCACUGUUCUGUAAUAGUUGGCACUCGUUUGUAUAUAUGGAGUGGCAGAGAUGGCUACCGAAAAGCUUGGAACAAUCAAGUUUGCUGCAAAGAUCUUUGGUAUCUAGAUACCGAGAAACCACCAGCACCAUCACAGGUACAGCUAAUCAGAGCUACUACUAAUUCAUUUCAAGUAAAAUGGGAUGAAGUUCCUACGGUUGAAGGGUAUCUUCUUCAGUUAAAUUUGGAUAUGCCAGCACCUGUUGUGGCUGAAGUACCUAUUACUGUGGUACCUGAGGUACCAUCACCAAGUGUGCAAGGAAUCAAGGUUGAUCUUCACAGCCAAACUUUCAGUAAAGUCCCGAACAACGUGCAAAUUUCCAUUUCAGAGACGAAAGUAAAAGUUCUGGAACCUGAGAAUGCAAAGAAAAACCACUCCAUUUCCAAAGAGUCCAGUGCCCCUUUAUGUUUGCCUGCUAGCACUUUAGGUCCACAGAUCUCAGCAAAUGUAAAUGACUUACUUGACUUUGAUACGAGAUCUUCAAAACUUGACACGUCUUUAUCCAGUGUUGUCUCCACCACACACAAUAUGGUAACCCAGCAGGCUGUGAAAACUGAGUCAUCAAGUACAAAUGGGGCAGUUGUAAAAGAUGAAGCUUCAUUAACAACAGCCAGUUCAAAUCCUGAAGGUAAAGAGACCAUAGGGCCCUCAACUAGAGUCACUUCUGUUAGCCCACUUGAUUCAGCUGUACAGUUGCCUAAAACUUCACUACCGCGGCAGAAUGCAAGAGUAAGAACCCAGGAACGAAGGUGGUAUGACGUUGGCAUUUUUCAAAGCAACAGUGCUUUGGUGAACCAGUUCUAUUUGCUGGCAGAAGAAAAUGCCACAAUCUCUAGCAAGAUAGACGAUGCAGAUGUUCCAAACGACAGUUUACUUAAGAAACAGGAUCUCGCUCCUGGCACUUUAUACAGGUUCAGGGUUGCGGCAAUUAAUGGCUGUGGCGUCGGACCCUUCAGUAAAGUCAGUGAAUUUAAGACCUGCAUCCCUGGAUUUCCUGGAGCACCUUCCAUUGUCAAGAUUAGCAAGAGUGCAGAUUGUAUUCACCUUUCAUGGGAGCCUCCUGUUUCGCCUUCAGGAAAUAUCUUGGAGUACUCGGCUUACUUGGCUAUAAGAACCACCCAGCUCCAGGAGAAUCCUAAUCAGCUCAUGUUCAUGAAAAUCUAUUGUGGCCUUAAGACUUCAUGUACAGUGACUGCUGCCCAGCUUGCAAAUGCCCACGUCGACCACACUUCCAAACCCGCCAUAGUGUUCAGGAUCUCAGCCAAGAAUGAGAGGGGGUACGGACCGGCUACACAAGUUCGGUGGCUCCAAGAAACGAAAACAUCAAGUUCAAAAUAGAAACGGCAUACUAUAUACUGCAAGUUGUGGAGUAGCAGUUAGCACUCGUGAUCUUUUGUAAAUCUUCCAAAUAUUUCAUUUUCUAUUGUCUUAACUUCACAGCGUCAGUACUGUACAGUCUUGCAAAAUGGGAGCUAGAGUGACCGCGUUUUUUUCAUACUACUUUAUAUCCAGUAUGGUCACUUUAGAGUCCCUGGCUAAUACCCAGUGGGUUACAUACACGUCUGAAGUUUUGCAGAGUCUUCCUUCCAGUAGCUCCCAGCACAUAGACCCACCAGUUGCAAUAGCUUCCAGCGCAUAGGGAAGGGGCAUAGCUCAGUGGUAGAACACCUGCUUUGCAUGCAAAAGGUCCCAUGUUCAGCCUCUGGUAUCUCCAUGCAAGGCUGGGAAAGACUCCUGCCUGAAGCCCUGGAGAGCCACUGCCAGUCAGUGUAGACGGUAUUCAGCUAAACAAUGGUCUGACUCGAUAUAAAGCUUCCCCUGUUCCUAGACAGAUGCUAUACCCAUACUAACAAACCAUUGUAAGUUAACCAUAAACAACCUAGAAAGAAAGCCCAUGGUUUGUUGUUAGGUUGCUUAAACCAUGGAAUAGUGGGUAGUUUGUGGGUUGUUUCACCAGACUACAGAAGUGGUGGGCAAGAAUGGUAAAUAUAUAGCACCACAAAGGCAUUCAGAUUAUGGGGAAGCAGUGGGCAAAGGAGGGAAACAAACAAUCCAGGCACUGAGGGGGGAAAACGUGGUUUGUUUGAUCGUCUGCCAAACAACAAAUCAUAGGUUAACCAUGGCAUAGCGUUGUGUGCGAACAAGGUCAAUGUAUAGUUUUGAUGAUGGUUUGUUAAGGGAAGACCGCUUCUUACACAAGGGGAGCCUGCAUUUGAGUUCCCUCUAUGGACACCAGAAUCAGUCUGUUAUGUCCAUCCACAUUAAGCUGCAAUUCUAUACAAAAGUAUGUGGGAAUAAGUCCCAUUGAACUCAGUGGGGCUUACUUCUGAGUAGACAUGCCUAGGAUUGCACUGCCAAUGGCAUUUUAGACUCUUACAUGUAUUGCAUUACUUGAUGUCCUCAUUCUUUAGGAUGAUGCACUGCCAGAGGCAGGUCUUCCAAUAAUCUGACCAAAUGCCUAGAUGCAGUUCACAUCACUUUAUUAGGUGCAACCCCGAAAACUCGCAAGCUGUACCAAAUGCAAUCCAAAAGAUAAGGGGAAAUCAUAAUUGAGUUGAAGUUUGGCUCUCCCGUCUUGAUCUAUAUUCAGAUCUGUUCUCUUCUGGCUUAUAUUUCAUAGUCAUGUUAUUUUAGUGCAAGGCAAAUAUUUUAGUUUACAGUAACUUAAAGUGUAUAGAAUAUUUUAAUAUAUUCAUUUUUGUAAAGAUUUUUCUAGUAUUUGUAAACACAUAUUCUAAUCUUUGAAAGUAUCCCGAUGAUAUGCAAGUUGCUAAAUUAGUCACUUCUGUUAUGAAAAGCGAACUCAGUGUAAAUGCACUACUGUUAGUUUGACAUGGGCAUAGAAAUGUUAAAUCUGUAGAUACUUUGAACGUUUACAAGAGUCUUUACACGUUAAAGUCCUCCAAAAUGAAUGCUUCAUUUAAAAAAAAAAAGGAAAAGAAAGAAAACUGUAUGCUUUGUUUUGGCAUAUUCAUGCUACUUUGCACUAAUAAGAAUUUAACUUUGUAACAUUUUUGUGUUGCUUCCAGAAAAGAAAAGUGUAUUAGUCUAAAGUUAAAGCAAAUUUGCACAUAUUUGCAUGCUUCUGUGGCAUACAUUGUUCUCUUUCCAUUCGUUUUCGUAGUGGCUAGGGUUUUUUUUUGCCUUAGUUUCAUAUCUUAAUAGUGGUAUUUAGUAAUCUUUUUACCUGAAUCAUCUUAUCACUAAUGUGCCAGCUGCUUCACAUUUUUCCUACGUGGGAGUAGAGAAAACUCUAUGCACACAGAAAAAUAGAUACCUGGACAAUGGUCACAACUGACAGUGUGCAUGUUUAUCCUACACCAUAUGUAGCAAAAAAUGUUACAUGUGAAGUAGCUCUUAAUAGGAAUGUUAAUCUGUUCCUAAUAAACAAGUGUACUAAACAGAGGUAUUUGGAUGCUGUUUUAUAAAUAGUUGUUUACCAAAUUAUAGCCUAAAAUGGCUGAAUUAUGCCAGUAUACUAGGUGAAAUAUAGCAUAAAGGCACAAUCCAACAGGAACAGCUUUUUUGUAAACAGCUGAGGUCUUUCCAUUCAUUUGAAUGGGCCUUGUGCAGUUUCCUGUUGAUUGUAGCCCUUAGCAUCUAAAUAAGUUUUUUUUAAAAAUCAAACAAAAAGAAAUAAAUUCAUUUUAUUUUGAAACCUGGUUAGAUGCAUAUGUGCAAUAAACUUAAUAUUUUGCACUUCAUUUUUCCAUCAAUGCCUAAUAAGUUAAGAUGGGAAUUACUUGAUCUACAAGAUCAAUUUUAAAGUGUAUUAUGGUAAUGUUAGUGCUUUACAAUCAUUCCUUGUUCACACUUGCAGUACUUCUUUAAGGAAGGCCACUUAUAGUCCGUUUUACAGAUGGGGAAACUGAGGCUGAGAGAGAGUGACUUGCCCAAAGUCACACAGUGAGGCCAGGGUUUAUGUAGGACUUGAGCCCAGCUCCUCAAGCUUCAUCCCCUGCACUGAAAAACAUGGUGAGGAGGAGGAAAUAUUUGGUCAAAUGACUGCCAGGAAGAGAUUCAGAACACAACUUGUGGCCAUUCUCAGCAACUUUACAGUUGUUGUGCUGAUGCAGCUUUAAGUACUGUAUCACAGCUUAUAAUGUCAUGGGGGGUGGGGGUGGGAAACACAUGUUUAAGGCCUUCUUCAAUUGAUAAAAAAUUAAGUAGCACUUUCUCUUGGCUACUCCCUAAGAAUGGGAAAAGUUACAUCAAUUACAUUUUUAUAUGAUAGUUGAGAGAUGGCAAUGGAUUCAUCUAUGGCUGGUUGAAUUCUGCAUAUCAAGCUGAAAAGCCAUGCUUCUCUUAUAACAGCAUACUCAGUUAAAUGUCUUAUACAUCCAAUUCAUCACAGGAGUUCACUUCACGUAUUAACUUUUUCCAAGCUAAAUUUUCAGCAUCACAUUGGAAAGGGGGCAUCAGUUAUACUACCUAUAUGACAGUGUGUCUAUUUUUGAUUCGCUGACACAUGAAACUAAUGAACAUUUGUUCAUUCAUAUUGUGAAAAUAACACUUUCCUGCUGCAUAUAUGCAACACCCCAUGUCAGAAAAAGUGUGUGAAGCAGCCAUAAGAUUCUGAUUGUUCAUAGCAAUGAAAAUCAUGCAAGUUACAAUGAAUGCAGAAUAUUUUAGAUUGUUCUUAACUAGUACUGUGAAAUCUAAACUUCAGAGAACCUCCAUGGCCAUGGUCUUCAAAGCUGGAGGAAGGCCUAGAGGAGGUCCAUGUAGUUGCCAGGACAGUGUCAGUUCUUCCCUGAAUUGUCAUAGACCAGCAAUGUGCUUCCCUCCAUCUUGAUCACCACACACUACUUCCAACUCUGGAUUGGAUCCAGAUCUGUCGGUGGCCAUGAGGUUGAAAGAAAGUACCUUUAUACAUUAAGGGGAGACUCAAAGGAGUUAUGGUGGCUUUUUAAAAAUAAAAUAAAACCAUUUUGAAUUAAGGAGGCAUGCUGUGACAGAAUGUGAGAUUUCUUGUUGUAUGGCUAUUUAGCUACUAAUAACUUUUGAUUGUAGAUACAUUACUUAACAAUACGAUCUGUGAGUAUUUUUGCACUUUGAGUUCAUAUAUUGUUUUUAAGGGUAUGUCACGACUACCAAAGGUAAUUUUGUGGUGGUGUUACUCCGGACCUGAUUUUCUGUGUAAGUGUGCUUAUGCCAAUAGGGCAUCUAUUAUAUAAUUUGUCACAUGUCUACAGUCCCCCACUCCCACCC